AUGCACUACCCACCACUCCCGCCCCAACAGGGGGCCAGCGUCAUACAGUCCGUCGAGUUGAAGGAUUUAAACGAGAACGGUCGAAGGACGGUGGUGCAGAACCUGGUCAGCAUAUGCCGCCGCUGCAGCGAGAAGGUGCACCUUGGCCUGCACUGCGCACUCGCCCGCGACGGGGAGCGGUGCUUUCUUCACGGGACAGAGAACGAGCGGAAAGCAAAGGUGGCGAAAGGAGGCACCGUGAAGGAGGAGGCGCUAAGGCUUAACUACUACAGCAGCGGGGCCAUCAGGUUUCCGCUUGCGGCGCAGACAGCGGACGCGUGGCUGUGGGCGGAGACCUUCAUUGAGUUUUUCUGCCACCUUCCGUUCCACCUGCAAGGUAAUCGUGACUUCGUCUCGGAGGAGUGCCUCGGCUCCGACAAGUACGUGAUGCCCCGGGACGACCCCGAUGGCGAGAUGCUUUUGAACACCCCUUCCGAAGGGGUUGACUUCUUCGAGGAGGCCACGGGGGCUGGAGGGGGUGGAGCGGGCGACAACGAGAGGGAGAUUGGGGGUGAACAGGGCGAGGAGAGGGCCGGUCGCGAUGAGGCGGGGGAGGGAAGCAGCGAGGAGUCCGACGAUGACGACGCCCUGCACGCCGGCUUAGUAGAGUCAGGGGGGGCAGGUGUAAAAGGUGAUGUGACACUCGACGAGAGUCCGCAGGGUGGGGGGGUAGCCGGGGUAUCAAGCAAGGGUGCCCCCAAGGUUACCCUCGGAGACUGCGUCAAGUCGGCGCAGACCGUACCCAGUCUCUUGAAGACACUAGAAGUUUGCAAGGUGCUGUAUGUCAGGAAGAAGGAGACGUUCCACCACGCCUUCCAGCAAACUAGGCAGGCCAGGAAUGAUGCUUUCGACCGGGGACCAGCAGAGUCUUGGGCUUCGGCAGAGGCUGGGGCUUUGGCAGGGGCUGGGGCUUCGGCAGCGGCUGGGGCUUCCCCGGCGGCUGGGGAUUCGCCAGAGGCUGGGGUUUCGGUGGCGUUCGGUCGGCUGCUGGAGGCGAUUCGCCUUGUCGAGACCGUAUGUCUCGAGGGCCGGCAGGUCGUCGACGACACGCUCGAGGCAGUGGAUGACGGGGUUCUUGAAUUGACGAAAAUCAAGAGCAAGGUACAGCGCCAGAAGCAGAGCAUUCCAACUCCCAGCUUGCGAUUGCCGGAGGAGCUUGGUUACAUCUUCAUAUCUGAGCCCGGGUGCAAGCGAGAAGAAAUGGUGCAUGCGCCCGCUGCUCUUGUUCUCACCACACGUAUCAAGGCGUUAAUGGUGCGAUACGUGGAGGCAGUCGUUCAAGUAGCGAAGGAAGAAGCAGCAGUCUUCGUCAUGACCGGCGUGCGCAUCAUGGUGGUAUCUUCGCAUCUCGGGCAAGACAACACGGGCACUUUGAGGCACAUGGCAUGGCGAGAGAGUGGGCCAUGGACGUUUUUCUCACCGUGCGCCAACGAGGCUGGGGUGAACAUGUCCACCAAACGCAAGUGCCCCGCUUGCGCAGAACAGGUCCUGGUUAAUACCGCCUGCCUCCGGGCCUUCUCAUUCUGCCUCGUCAUCGGGACCAACGCACUCGAGAGCUUCAAUGGGAGUGUCGCGGCCAUGGUGUCCAAGCGCAGCGACUUCUACAUCAGUCACGUGGGCAGAGCCCAACUUGCUCUCCUAAAGCGGUGCUUCCCCGGAGGGUACCGCGAGGUUGUUAGGCGAAUUCGCAAGGCGUGUGGACUACCGCCGCUAACCAAUCGGGCGGAAGAGGAGACACUCGUCCACCAGAGGAAGGCAAGGCACCUUGAGGCGGGCCACGAAGUGUGGAGCAGCGCCGCCGUGAGGGUGGGUAGCGACAGCAAACUCAAGAGGAAGCAUAGACGGUCCCUUGUCCAAACAAAACACGGCGCGGAGCUUAAGGCCGCCAACGAAAAAAGCCAGGCGGAACUCUACAAAUCCGUGGGUGAGGAUAAACGGGCAAGGGCAAAAGGAGGCGAUGCCGGCGCCAACGGGCUGUUAUCGUACGACCGGGGAGGUAGCAACGCCUCACGCAACCUCAACGAGGGGAUGGUCGCACCCGCCAAGAGGAAAAGAACGUCGGGGGCAUGCAAGGAGUGCGGAAAAUUCGGCGUCCCCGCUUUCUGGCUCGCGCAAAGACAGCACUCAAGGGCAGCGAAGACCAGGUGCGCAAAGGAACAGAGGUUGCGGGUUGCCGCCGGCAGACCAGAGACUCUCUUGUCCACACCACCUUCGCGAACGGGGUCUCCGGCGGUGACGGGCGUCGUCCCACCUACCCCCGGGUCGGCAGGAGACGCGGCCGGAAAGGCCACCGCGCCGCCGACGAAGGCGGCGGCGCCAGGGCCGUCAAGUACAACACGUGGUAGACGGCGGCAGAGACAGUCUGCGCCGCCGAAGAAGACAGCGGCACCAGGGCCGUCAAGCGCAACACGUGGUCGACGGCAGCAGAGACAGUCCAGGAGACCUGCCAAAUUUGCGGACGCGUAUGUGGGGUCCAGUGAUGACAGCGAGGUUCCCGAGAGCAGGGAAUCAGCACACUCGACUAGUAGUAGCGACGAUGGGAGCGAGCCUUGAGCCUGGUUGGGAGAAGCCUUUCGUCGAUCGCGGGGGCUGUGUGGGGGUUUGUGGGUGCGUGGGUGCGUGGGCCGCCGGACGCGACUAGAGGGCAACGGCUGGCUGGCGAUGGAAACUGUUGUCGGGGUGGGGCGUUGUCAACAAUUGACGUAGGAGGGUGAGUGACAUUGUCCUUGUGUGUGGUGUCCGCAACGUGUCGUGUUUGCAUGUCCUGGGUGCCAUCGAAUCGCUUUGUUAUGUCAUGGGUGUCUUACGAUGAUUUUAUUGGAACUGCCAAGCGGGGUGGCGGUGAUUUCGGGGGAGGCGCGGGUAAAGUGCAGAGGGAAUCCACCGGAGGGUUCGAUGUUUGGCGAACUCAUUUGUCCCUUGUUCUUUAUGCACCGUUGCACGUGUCGUCAUGGGGGGGGGUGGUGCCUUGAAAAAUGUAUCCCGAUAGACGCUCGACUUAAUUGUUUCAGUAUGUUUUCAGUAUGUUUUUGCUCUCGGAACUGUUCGGACGGGGGUGCAAGGAAACGUCCGCACAAGCGAGGGAACAGGAACACAGACCGCCUUUUGCGUGUCUUCCACACGAGUCUAUGUGUGCAUUAUUUUUUUUCUUUACGCAUGGGUCUACGUGCACAUUUUUUGCAUGGUUACGGAAGAAAUGGCCAGCACCCACCGCAACCCUCGGACGCUGGUGACAGGUCGAGCUAAGUCUUUUUUUGCGGGGGAGCGGAGACGACAACAUAAGAGUGCUUGAAAAAAAAAACAUAUACAUUCGCAGCUAUCGAGCUUGGCCUGCGACGAAGCCAGCAUCCGAGGAAGGGACAGUCGGGUCUUUGUGUGGCUGAUAUGGGCAGCCGUGUUUCCUUAGGAUACAUGUCAGAGGAACAGCAUCGAAUGUCGCGGGCCCUACGCGUGGCUUGUCUUCCACAUUUGCGGCGGUGACGGGCAGCGGAUUCAUUUUUUUCGGCUUCACGCCGCAACUAGACGUCGCAUAUCGCAGGGGCACUGCCGCAGCGUUUCUCGCCAAUUUUUUUUGUGUCCCUCUUGCUUGUUGCCAAGUGUCCCUGUAUGGAACGAUAAACAAAACAAGCUGAGCUUAACAAAAAGAAUGUCGAGCGCCGACCCUCUACUCCCCAUCUGCCCACACAUGUACGCCGAGUAGCCUCCCAACUACAACCCUGGUACUUGCUAGCGAGCAUUAUUUUUUCCAGCGGAAGCUUCUCACUGUACGCCAGGACAACCUGAUAACAACGACAAUAAAACACCUCUGUCGACUUCGACGAGGCGUCGCGUUCGAACAGACACGUAGAUGCGAGCCUACUAGUACC